UCGAAAUAUUUCCUUCACGUAGUUCUUCGCCGACUGCUUGUGACUGUUAUUCCACACUUUCUCGACGACUGCUUACAACUUCUUUUGUUCCACACCGCUCGAGAUGUCAAUAACGACUACUCCUAAGCCAGGUCAACCUUCACUGCGUGGCCAUAUCUCCUUCUUGGAAAUGUUGACUAAUUCCUUAGAUAAGCAGAUAUUCUACCUGGAGUGAAGGUCCUCGUCGAACCCUUGCGUCUGAUGAUUUUCCAAGAAACUCAACAAUUAGUGGAUAGUGACAAUUACGUCGGCAACACAUAUGAUAAAAUCAGUAUACCAAGUCCGAAUAUAGCUUCCAAUAAAACUCUUGUAAGAUUAUUUUUUAACAGAGUGGUUGAAAACGGACAACACCGAUACGCUGCUUCAGGCUUUAAUCACGACUUUUCCUUUGAGGUCCUUAUCACGGCUACUGUUAAUAACUAAAGCAUGACUUUACUGGGGUCUAAAAUGAAAACGUAAGCAAUUCCAAGCAUAAAAUCGUACAAAUGAAUUUGAGACUGUUUUGUGUCCUGAAGUAGAAGGUACAGGAAGGUACAUACAUAGGAAGAAACUCGGUCGUCUUCGGGACCAAUAAAAAUAUACAGCAAUGUUAUUGACUUUCCUUAUUUUCGGGAAAGACAUAAGAAUAUGUAUAGUUGAUUUCAUUUUUUUAGUAUAUUUAGCAAUAUUGGUAGCGGCACAAUAUAAACGACCUCCAUUAGAGCCCUUUCCACCAAAAGAAACUACAACGCCAAAUAUUGCGAGAAAUAUUUCCUUGUGCAAAGAGGAGGCCUGCAUGGAGCUUGGACGUGACAUCAAGGAAAAUAUGAACUUCGCGGUGAAUCCCUGCGAUGAUUUUUAUGAAUUCGUUUGCGGAAAUUGGCCAAACAGGUUUCCUAACGUGCGUUCGUUCAAUCAGUUUGAUAGAGCCGAGCAGGUGGCAAACGAACGAAUUAAAGAAAUUAUAGAAGAGCAGCCGCGCAAUGAUAUUGAUUCCUUGAGAAAAGCAAAAGAAUGGCACAAGAUCUGUGUAGACGACGAAACCUUAAGCCGAAAGGGAGUUGAGCCGAUUGAAAAAAUUCUAAAUAAACUAGGUGGAUGGCCGACUAUACAUCCAAAGUGGAGGCGCCGUAAUUGGCAAGACAUUAACAAUUAUUACACAAUUCUAUCAGGUGGGAUAUCACCUUUCUACAGAAUAGAGGCUAAUGCUGAUUUAGAAUCUGAUUCUCCAAGAGUAAUGUUGAAGCUGUCUCCGCCAAAGUUUUUGAUACCGUCGUACGUUUUAUUGGAACCUGUUGCCAAUGAAGAGAAAUUCAUUGCUUAUACCGACUUAUUCAGAACAAUUGUGGACAUUUUUCUGCAAUCCAGUAAUGUCCACAUUGACCCAGAUGUGAUAACAACAGAUUUAAAUAGAAUGUUGGUCCUAGAAAUGUAUCUAACUCAGGCUACUAAACAUGAUAAAACAGCAGAGCCGACAUCAUCAACCAGGAUAACUAUUUCUGAAUUGCAGUAUCGAUACAAUGAGAUAAAUAGAAAUAACCGAAUUUCUCGGAUAAACUGGAUGGACGUGUUUCAAAAAGUGGUCGAAAUGGCUGGGUUGCAAAUUGACAAAUGGGAAGAAGUGGAUGUCACCAAUAUUGAUUAUUUCGACAUUCUCCCUAUUAUUUUAUAUUUGACGAGUGAACGAGUCAUCGUGAACUACAUUCAUUGGCAAUUCAUUGCUCGAUGGAUACAUUACACGACUCCGGCAUUGAGAGAAACCUUCCGAUGUUUUGCAAAUAAAAUUACUUCAGACGCAAAUAAUGUACCAAGGUGGCAGGAAUGCAUCGACUUAAAUCCUUAUUAUCGAGCAAUUGUAUACGAAUAUUUAAGAAAAUACGUGCCAGAUUCAAACCUAAAGACUUUUGAACGCAUACUAAAUAAUAUUAAGUUUGCCAUGGAUCAGCAGAUAUCUAAUGCCAACUGGAUGGAUGAACAAUCGAAGAAUGCAACGAGGGCUAAAUUAAUGUCACUAUCCGCAACUUUAGGAAGUCCUCCAACAUAUCGAAACCCCAUUGACAUCGAUCGAUUUUACGAGCAGUUACCUACAGAACCAAACGAAUUUUUCGAAAAUAUGAUGAACCAAAAAAAAGCUAUUUUUUCGAGGUCGUUAGUAAUGAAUAACGAUGACCGUUUAGAUGAUUACAUAUGGCAGGACAUGUUCGUAAAGGCUGGUGCCUCCAUUACUGACAAGAAUAAAUUAUUUUUUUAUGCGCCACUGUUGUCAAAGCCACUAUUUGUCUCGGGAUCAUCUAACAUUCUGCAGCUGUACAAUUACGGUUCAGUUGGAUCUAUGAUAGGCCACGAAUUCGGUCACGGGUUUGAUGAAGUUGCAAGGAUGUUUAACAAACAAGUUCCGUUAUGGUCACAAGACACUACUGAGCGGUUCAAGGAGAUACGAUCUUGCCUUGUUCAACAAUAUAGCAGUUAUAACAUCUCAGAAAUAAAAAAUGUAACUACUGGACAACCCAUUAAUGAAAAUGGCGAGAAGACAAUCAACGAAAACUUUUCCGAUGGUAUCGGUUUGAGGGCGGCCUUUGCCGCUUUCCAGGCAGAAAGUAAAAAUUUGCCGUUGGAAAGAAUUCCAUAUUUGGAGGAAUUCGACCAUAAUCAGCUGUUUUUCAUAUCGAAUGCCAACGUAUGGUGCGAACAUAUGAGCCAGGAUUUAUUGAGAUCUACUGUUUUGGAGAGUCAAGAGGGUAGAGAGCACAGUCUAUGGUAUUUAAGGGUGAAUGGUGUAAUUUCAAAUAUGGAGGACUUCAGCAAAUCCUUCAAAUGCAAACCAAAUGAUAAAAUGAAUCCGCCGCAUAAAUGUAAAAUGUGGUGA